UUUGGCUCAAGGGUUGCAGCUGCGAAUUUCCGCGUUUGGUCCGCGUUGGGGACAUGGCGCCUAAAUUUGACCCCAAUGAGGUGAAGGUGGUGUUUCUGAGACAGUAUGGUGGCGAACAGGCUCCUUCAUCAGUGUUGGCCCCCAAGGUGGGUCCAUUGGGCAUGUCACCCAAGAAAGUAGGUGAUGAUAUUGUCAAAGGCACCAGCCAGUGGAAAGGCAUCCGUGUCACUGUGAAGCUGACAAUCCAAAACAGACAGGCCAAGGUGGAUGUGGAGCCAAACGCCACUAGCUUGAUCAUCAAGGCUUUGAAGGAGCCAUUGCGAGACCGAAAAAAGACGAAGAACAUCAAGCACACUGGCAACCUGACCAAGAACGUCUUUCUGGAUAUUGUGCGACAAAUGCGAAAAAAGAGCCUGGCAAAGGAGUUCAAGGGAACUGCGAAGGAGAUCCUGGGCACCUGCUUUGCUGUCGGCUGCACAGUGGAUGGCCAGAAGCCAGGUUCAUUGCAGCAGGCUAUCGAUGAUGACGAGUGGGAAUUGCCAACUGAGUGAGCUGAGAUUGACCUGGAAAGUUUGCAGCGCCAA